GGGUUUCCAGACAGAGGAAUGGUUGGCCAAGGAAGUCACCUUUUCGGAGCUCAGCAGGUUUGACAUGAACUCUUUAAAGAUGGCAUGGAAGAGCAGCGGUACAAUGCAAAUAUGUCAAUUUCUUCUUUUAGUAAUUUUAUUUCUGCCACAUGGGAUGACAAGUUCUGUUUUAACUGUGAAUGGUAAAACUGAGAACUAUAUCCUGGACACUCAGCGUGGCUUCCAAGAAUCUCUGAAAUGUGCUGUUCAAAACCAUACCGGAGAGGAAGAACUUCUCUGGUACCGAGGAGCAGGGAGAGUGGAUUUGAAAUCUGGAAACAAAAUCAACUCCAGCUCUGUCUGUGUCUCUUCCAUCAGUGAAAAUGACAACGGAGUCAACUUUACCUGCAGGCUGCAGAGGGAUGAGACCGUGUCCAUUUCAGUGAUGCUGAAUGUUAUAUUUCCUCCUCUCCUAAGUGGAAACGACUUCCAAACAGUUUCAGAAGGCAAUAGCGUGAACUUGGUUUGCAAUGUGAAAUCCAAUCCUCAGGCUCAAAUGAUGUGGUACAAAGACGGUAAUGUCCUGAAUUUAGAGAAAAACUAUCACCAAAUCCAACAGACAAGUGAAUCUUUUCAGCUGUCAAUUACCAAAGUCAGGAAAUCUGACAAUGGAACCUAUAGCUGUAUUGCAAAUUCAUCUCUGAAAAUGGAAACCAAGGACUUCCACCUGAUUGUUGAAGAAAGAGCUGUGGCUGUACCAAUAGAACCCAUUAUUGCUGCAUGUGUUGUGGUCUUUCUAACGUUGUGCUUUGGCCUGAUUGCUAGAAGAAAAAGAAUAAUGAAGCUCUGCGUAAAGCAUGAAGACCCUAACAGGGGAACAGCUCUAUGAGAAAGCUGAGAUGCCAUCAAAUACAGGAAGAGUUUUGCAUCAGGAUGUCUUAAAUUUAUGUAGUCCCAUCUGUAUUUACUGCUAUUAUUAAAUUCACUCUUGUCAAAUUGUCAGAGGUUAUAAAGAAGUGUUUCAUUAAUCACUUAACAAGUAGUUGUUAUGAUUAAGUUGAUAUACUUAUGGAACAUUUUUAUGGAGAGAGCUGGUAAGAAUGAAAAUUAAGAUUUUGUUAAGUCUUCUCCCUGAAGUAUAUGUGAAUUAAUUGAGAUUUGUUCCAAAUAGGUUGGUCAUCAUUUACUAUUUAGCAUGCAUUUUUCUACUUUUGGGUCUCAUAAAUCAGUACAAUAUCAAAAAAAAAAAUGGUGGAAUUGCAUUUUAUUGCCAUACAUUUUUUUAAGUUGCCAAAAAAGCAUAUAAAACGUUAUCAGUUAUCAUCUACCUUCGCUGUCAUUUUAUAAAAGAAGUGUUUUAGGAUUUAAAAAAAGGAUGGAAGGAUAUAAUCUCAAAAUAUAAGACACU